UGGAGCCUUGCCUUGUUAAAUGUAAAUUUUAUAUUUUUUUUUAACAAAGUAACUAAAACGAUUGUUAAGAAAGGGGGAGAGAAUCCAACAUCAUCCUCUACCUUAUCCUUUCAUCAUCACCACCAGAAGCCUCCCACAGCAAAAAAUUUCACCACCGCGUCUCCUCCUCUCACACACUCUUUACUCUGCUCCGAUGGAGGCCGUGGUCGUAAACCCCUCCCUCUCCCGUCUCAAGCUCCCUCCUUUAAAGUCCCAGACCCUAACUUUCCCCCGACCGAUCCCCACAACCUUAAACCCUCAUCUCCCCCGCCGCCGCCAUUAUCGCCUCCUCUUCGCCUUCCGAGACCAGUCCCCCCAUCCCCCAGUAGCUGCGGAUGAGGAGGAGGAGGAGGAGGAGGAGGAGGUGGGGGAGUACUACGGCGAGGUGAAUAGAAUCAUCGGGAGCCGCAGCGUGCGCGCCCCGGUGUUCUCCGACGACGGGUCGGCGACCGCGGAGGCGUCGACGGAGUACCUGGUCGAGUGGAAGGACGGGCACGCGCCGUCGUGGGUGCCCGCCUCCGGCGUCGCCGCCGAUGUGGUGGCGGAGUACGAGACCCCGUGGUGGACCGCCGCCAAGAAGGGCGACGCCGCGGCGCUCUCCGCCCUCCUCGCCGACCCCUCCGCCGCCCGCGACCCCGACGCCCAGGACCCCGACGGCCGCACCGCCCUCCACUUCGCCGCCGGGCUCGGCUCCGACGACUGCGUCCGUGCGCUCGCCGAGGCCGGCGCCGACCUCGACCGCCCCGACCGCGCCGGCGGGGGCCUGCGCCCGCUCCACAUGGCCGCCGGAUACGGGCGCCCCGCGGCGGUGCGGGCGCUGCUGGAGGCAGGGGCGGAUGCGGAGGCGGUGGACGGGAGGGGGCGGACGGCGCUGGAACUGGCGAGGGAGGUGCUGGCGGCGACGCCGAGGGGGGACCCGACGGCGUUCGCGAGGAGGGUGGGGGUGGAGGCGGCGGCGGCGGAGCUGGAGGCGGCGGUGUACGAGUGGGGGGAGGUGGCGCGGGUGGUGGAGGCGAGGGGCGAGGGGAAGAGGCGGGAGUACCUGGUGGAGUGGCGGGACGGCGGGGAGAGGGACUGGGUCAGGGCGGAGUGGGUCGCCGACGACGUGGCCGCGGACUUCGAGGCCGGGCUCGAGUACGGCGUGGCGGAGGCGGUGGUGGGGCGGAGGGACGCGGCGGAGGGCAGGGAGUACCUGGUCAAGUGGGUGGACAUCGAGGACGCCACCUGGGAGCCGCAGGAGAACGUCGACCCGGAGCUCGUGCAGGAGUUCGAGCGCCAGCAGGCGGCGGCGGAUAGACCUGGCGGUGCGCCGCAGGAGGCGCUGCGGCGGUGGGCUGAGAAUUUUUGAUACAGCUGAUUCAUUGUAUUGUAUGCUUGUUUUCUAAACUUGAGUAAAAUUUAAAUAAUAACAGUGUAUUAAUUAGUCGAUUCUUUAUUUCAA